AUGUCGGACGAGGAGCAUCACUUCGAGUCGAAGGCCGACGCCGGCGCAUCCAAGACUUACCCUCAACAGGCUGGGACCAUUCGUAAGAACGGUUACAUUGUUAUCAAAGGCCGCCCCUGCAAGGUUGUUGAGGUUUCGACUUCCAAAACCGGAAAGCACGGGCAUGCUAAGUGUCACUUUGUGGCGAUAGACAUCUUCACAGCCAAGAAGCUUGAAGAUAUUGUUCCCUCUUCCCAUAACUGUGAUGUUCCACAUGUCAAUCGCACUGACUACCAGCUCAUCGACAUUUCCGAGGAUGGAUUUGUGAGCUUGCUGACUGAGAAUGGUAACACUAAGGAUGAUCUCAGGCUUCCAACUGAUGACAAUCUGCUUGCCCAGAUUAAGGAUGGAUUUGCGGAGGGAAAAGACCUUGUUGUGAGUGUUAUGUCAGCUAUGGGAGAGGAACAGAUCUGUGGUCUCAAAGACAUUGGUCCUAAAUCCUAA